GUGGCCGGCUGACCUCUCCUGUGUGGAAGCAGCUCAUCUGCUCUGCUGUGGGAAAGCACGAACAUUCUGAGAGAAGCAGGGACAAGCAAGGGAAAGAAGGCUCUGACAGAAUUUGAUCCUGGCUCCAUGUGCCCAGAGGCCAGAUACCUCCCUGCACCAGCCCCCCACAGUUACAGGAGUGACUCAGUUCUCUUUAAAACGUGUCAAAAUACGCCUCUCUUUGAAUUACAGAAAUGAGGAUGUGUCUAGAGCCUGGCACUGCUUUUGGUCACUCCAUGAGCACUCCAGUGUCAUGAAUCACCAGCUGUCAGGAAGCCAAAAAGAGUGGGCUCCCAGGGUCAGGCGGCCCCUAGAGAAUGGGGGCACCAGCACACAUUCUUCUGAGAUGUCCGCCCUCCUAAGCUUUGGGCAAACAAGAUCUGGCUGCUCUGGGAAAACUCUCUAGCUAUCACUAUGAAUCCAUUGAGAAGUUCUCUUCCACAUCACUGACCCCUAAUGAAGCUCUAUUGGAUUGAGUAAGUGUGAAGAAAGUGUUCCAUUCUCAACUAAACUGGAGCUAGAAAAAAUUGUUUCAUUUUUGAAGACUUCACAGCCUGUGUGUGACUAUCCACUACACAACCCAAAAGAUGCUAAGGUCAAACUAUCAGAAUGAGAAUAAAUCAAACCACACCUUUACUCACCAAACUGAGACAAGACCUCAACGCCCUCUAGUGGAGUGACCUCUCCAUGUUCCAUCAUAUGGGACCAACCCUCUGAUUCCAGUGGAUAUGCCUGGGUUUUGAACUUUAUAGAAAUGGCAUUUAUGCAGAACAUAUACUUUUGUUCCUGGCUUCUUUCCGUCGAUGCUAUGCUUGCAAUUCAUCCGUGUUGCUGCAUUUCUGGAGUCCAAAAUUCGAAAUCAGUUUCACUGGGCCAAGAUUAAGGAGCCAGCAGGGAUACACUGCCAAUAGAGACUGAGAAAUGAAAAAAUACAUUUUCCAGGUGAAAAAUUACUCCAGGGACCUGAAGAAGAAUAAAUGUUGGACCAAUUAUCCGUAUCUGGGGAAGAUGGAGGUCAUCUUCCUGCUACUUGCCAUGUUCUGCUGGCAAGGUCCCAGAGUUACUCCUGGGAUUCUUCUGCAGCCUCAUUUCAGUAUCUUGUCUCCAGCUCUGGGUUAAGAAGCAGUGGUGGCAGAGACUCCACGACCCGUGAUCCAGACGCCAGCUUCACAUAUCUGAAGACUGGUUGUGGCAGCAUCAGAUUCUUGAUCCCUGGCCUGCAGAUACACUCAUCUUCAACAGUUCCAGUGGCAGAGUUUGUAGCUCCCCCGGCCAGUUUUUUCAGAGUUCUGGAUGUCUUUCCUAGAGGCCCAGGCCCUCCAACGGUUUUAAAGCAUCUUAUUCUCUGUAUUCAACUCAUUUCUGGCUAGAGAGUGGUUUCUGUCUCCAACACCGUUGGUAGUAGCGGUUACUGGGGUUGAGGAGGGGAAAAAAUGAACUGGAGAACUGCUCUUCUGUCUCUAGAGUUAUGGACAGUGCGCUUCCAUUCGGCGACGAAGGGAGGGGUUACUAAUGACAGUCGAGGAUCAUGAAAGGAGGAGAAUAAUACAUUUCAUAAACUAAAUUCCUUCCUUGUUCCGGGGAGAAACUUCAGCCCCAGCCCAGCCCCAGUAAGUGGUUGCAGCUUCGCACUCGCCAUGUCCCCGACCGGCGCCCUCAACCGGGAACUCCUCGCUUCACCCGCCCGCCGCACAGCCCGACUGUAGUCUUCACAGCCUGCUAGCCGUUGCUAAGGCCGCUCUCGCCGACCUCUCUGCGGCCCCGCCCACACAGGCUUGUCCCCACUGAUUGACAGUCAUGCCACCCAAUGGUCAGAAAAGAAGGUCCUUGAGGCCAUCCCCCACUCUCUAUUCUCUACCAAUAGCGUAACGCUAUGCCUUUCCCAGGCUACCAUUAAGCAGAACUUUCCGUAGGGUUUCUUAGCAAUCAGGACUGUCCGUUAGCCCAGCUGCGCCCGCGGCGCACUUGCGCAAAAUGCGAACCGGAAGGGAAGGUUCUUUCCCCGGACGUUUUGGCGUCACAGUGCCAGGCAGAACUUCGGGGAACGGAAGCCUCCUGUAGGGAUGGAGAAAAGAGCGAGGUGAUGAUUCAUGGUGAUGGCUUGCAGGGUCAUAAACAAAAGAAGGCACGUGGGACUUCAGCAGCUUUCAUCGUUUGCAGAAACAGGAAGAACUUUCCUAGGCCCAGUAAAAUCAUCCAAAUUUAUUAUAGAUGAAGAGUGUCGUGAAAGUGUGUUAAUCAGUUCAACAGUAAGGCUUCUUGAAAGUUUGGAUUUAACCAGUGCAGUGGGACAGCUUCUCAGAGAAGCAGUUCAAGCACAAAGUAACACUUACAGAACUGGAACCAGCACUCUUUUGUUUCUUGUGGGUGCAUGGAGCAGUGCUGCUGAAGAAUGUCUUCAUUUGGGUGUCCCCAUGUCAUUAAUAGUGUCUGUAAUGUCAGAAGGCUUGAAUUCAUGCAUUGAAGAGGUAGUUUCCCUUCAAGUACCUAUCCAGUACAAUGUAUUUGACCGUAUGGUUAACACAAAGACAUUUUCUGGACCUGAAACAUUUAGUGUCGGCGUAUACCCUUUUCUCCAAAUCCCUUCAGGUACUGGUUUGAUACAGAAAGAGCGUGAUCUCAGAGAUGUUGCCUCUCAGUCAUUGGCCAUUUACAGUCUUUCUGGGAGACCUGUUAAAUCACCUCAACUCGUUAGGUCUCAGGAUAAGGUUGAAGCAGAUGAAAACACAUCACAAACUCCUCAAACUCUGAAAAACAGUCUGCUUGCAGACACCCGCUGCAGAACGUCAGUACUAACCCACAGUAGACAUUUUAGUAGGACAGGUAAUAAUCAAUGGAUAAGCAAACCAGAUGGAGUUCUAGAACAACUUAGUGCAGCUACUCCCAAGACUUACAGAUGUGAUGAUCUGGUGGAGUUGGAGGUGGGCUUGAGUCACGGAGGUCUCAGCAGCAUGAAGUUAGUAGACGAAGCAGUACGGCUACAAUAUCAGAACGCAGGUAUGCAACAAGGCAGCUGUACAGUGCCAUUUCUUUUUGACAUUUCAAGAAUCUUCACUUGCUGCUUACCGGGCUUCCCUGAAACUUUUUCUUGUGUCUGUCCAGGAUAUAUCACUGUUGUAUCAAUAUCUAGUACUGCUCUGAUCAAGGAAUUGCAGAAUCAGCCUAUUCGGGUUGUUCUUGUUGAAGGUGAUCUCACAGAGAAUUAUCGCCACCUGGGAUUUAAUAAGUCUGCAAGUAUUAAAACAGUAUCAGAAAGCUUGAAGGUUCAACGAGAUGGCUCAGAAGAACUGUGGACAGAUCAUGUGUUACAGGUAUUAAUCAAGUUCAAUGUGAACCUUGUCCUGGCACAAGGAAAUGUGUCUGAACGCUUAAUUGAAAAAUGCACAGACAGCAAGAGGUUGGUAAUUGGAUCAGUGAAUGGCCAUGUAAUGCAGGCUUUUGCAGAGGCUUCAGGAGCAGUGCAGGUGACCUACAUUACACAAGUGAACGAAAACUGCGUGGGCGGUGGGGUCUGUGUGACCAUCUGGAGAAGCAUUCCCUCUGAUGCUGCAGAUGAGAUCAACAGAAUGGCAAUCAUGUUAAGAACAGAAGGAAUUAAUUUGGUUACAGUAGUGCUGACUAGUCCGGUCACUGCCCAGGUGCAAACCAAAGAAGAUACCUUCUGGACGUGUGCCUAUCGUCUGUAUCAUGCUCUAAAAGAGCAAAAGGUCUUCCUUGGGGGUGGCGCAGUUGAAUUUUUGUGUCUUAGCCAUCUUCAGAUUCUUGCGGAGCAGUCUGUGAAUAAAGGAAACCAAGGCUGUUCAGGAUGGCUUCAUAAUACUUCCUCUUGGCUGGCCUCAUCUGUGACACAGUACAGACCGACUGUGCUUAAACUCCUGGCAAAUGGAUGGCGCAGAUACCUUUCAACUCUCCUGUAUAACACUGCCAGUUACUCAUCAGAAUUUGAAGCCGGCACAUUCAUUCAACAUCAUCUACAAAAUGCUACAGACUCUGGCUCUCCUUCAUCUUACGUCUUGAAUGAAUAUAGUAAACUAAAUAGUGGGAUUUUAAAUUCAGACAUUUCAGAUAAACUGGAACAGAUUCCAAGAGUUUAUGACAUUGUUACACCAAAGAUUGAGGCAUGGCGCCGAGCUUUGGAUUUAGUACUGUUAGUUCUUCAGACAGACAGUGAAAUUAUCACUGGACUUGAACAAACGCAGAUAAAUUCGCAGGAAUCAGAGGGCUUUUUAUUUUUGUAGUGUUAUUGGCUAAGUCUUUGGAAAAUAAUCUUUGGUAAUAUGUCGUGCUAAUAAUAAAUUUUCUAGUAGCCAAGU